CGGCGAGUUAGCCCCUUCAGCUCCUUGUUCUGGAAUUCCGUCAUCAACUUCAAACCACACUCUACGGCGGCAGGACGCUCGUGUUUCUAUCCACCUGGCCCAACACUCUGCGGAAGAACAUAUCGGUAGAGCAAGGACUUGGCCGGAUGAAGGCCACGCAUAGUUGAAGAGUGAUGGGAGCAGUAUAGUAUGGAUCAUUUCAAACCACGAACACUGGGUGACAGGUCGUGCCACCCAGCAGUUCUUCCAGCUUGCACCAGUCGCGAAUUGCACGACGAAGUUUGCUCACUGUGCCUUGGCUCGCGAUCCUAUGUAUCCUUCGCUAUAGCUACAGCCCUUUGUUGCACCAUGCUCAACUGUCUUAUCAUGCCCCAUCGAGAGAAAGACGGUUCGGAGGAUGGGCCGUCAUUGUACCAUCGCAUUGUCGAGCUCUUUGUAGAAUUGGCCAUUCUCUGCUCUGUCAGCUUGGUCCUCUAUGUCGUGUUCAGUCGAUCGCACCGAGUGGAUGCACUACUACCUCCAGCCAGUAGCCGAGACUACAGGAGUACAUUUCAGGACUAUCUUCCCAUGACCCCAUCAGUAACAGGAAUUUCACACCCAUGCUCGCAGACGCUAUGCAUGAGAGAAAGUGCGCAUCAUGGCUCGGUGCACGUGUGCGGGCUUUAGGCAGUUGUGCUUACCCUCCUUUUGGGACGCAUCUUGACAGGCUCUAUGUGUCCGUACCAUUCCUGGAUAGGAAUCAUCCCAGCUACAAAGAAGAAACCUCCUCAAGCUCUCUCUGUGCAUGGGGAUGGUAGUCAUACAAGGAAGGAAACACCUUUCGUAUGGUUUUGACGAGAUGAUGAUUUGCCCCGACUGCACAAGAGACUCGU